AUGAACGAGUUAUUCAAUCUAGCUGAUAAUAACUUCAUUCGAAGUGACGACCGGAUGCAUGCCUUCAAGCUAGGCCGACCAGCUCCUAAGAUAGGAGAUAUUGAUCGGUGCUCGGUGUAUGUGUCGCUGGCACCCGGUAUGGACCAUCCUGCUGGGGUGGACCCACCGGUAGGCAAUGCUGCUCGGUGUCUCCAAUACACCAGCAGCGACAAGGACCAGAGCUGUCCAGCACCGACCAUGGAAGACAGGGUGGCGGGGAAGAGGCCAAUGGCUGUGGAGCCAUCCCCCAUAGAAGCAAUUCCAGCGGGGAUGGCUGCAGACCCUUCGAUGGGCCAAGGCUCGACCAGCCAUGCCCCCAAGCAUCGCCGGCUUGUGAGGACCAUCGACGACGACAAUGAAGAUGAUGAGGCUGCUCCGUCCUUGGUCCAGAGACCGUGCAGCCGCCCUGACGUCGUGCCGAUCGACACUGGUCGGGUAACCAGUGAUCCGCCUGCCGCGCAUGUCGAGCCGAUAAGUCUUGGAGGAGCAGAAGCGGCAGCGGCGGCUGGGAGGACUAGGAGAAGUGCGGCCUCGGAUGUUGAUCCGAGCAACGUUGCUGGCUUGAGGACAACCGAGCCGGCAGUUGCCGACAACGAUACCGCCGAGCAGACCGCCCGCGAGCAACCCGUGGAGCAGCCUGCUGUUGUGGCUAUGGCGGAUACCGCUGAGGAGGACCCGACUCAAGAUAAGGCCAGCCACGAGGAGAUCGCCGAGACCGAGGAGGCGGCGAGGGUAGAGCGUGCUGUUAAGCGGCUUGUUGAUGAUGUUAAGGGUGCAAUGAAAAUGGCGAAGUACCGAAAAAGGGAGGCGGCCGAGAAGGCGGCUCAGGAGGAGCGCCUGCUGGACCUGAAUCGGCGACUAGCCGAUAAGGACCGAGAAAAGAGAGGUCUAGAGGAGGAGGUCGAGCAUCUCCAAAAAGAGAGAGACCAGCUCGACCAGGAACGUGCCACUGCGCUGGAGACCGAGCGCAAGUUAUCUUUUCUUUUUAUAUUGCCGUAG